AGAGCCGGGGCUGUUGCGGUCGCCGAGGGUUCGGGGAGUGUUGGUGACCUCGCUGCGGGUGCCUUGCACCGGUCGUGCCCGGCGGAGGAAGAGGAGAGCGACCAACCUUUUCGGUCAUCGCUGCCAGUACCUUCCCGUACCUUUGGCGUUGCUGAGACCUCCGAGAGCUCUGGAGGAGCUACACCUCUGAGGGACUGCGGGAGUUCGAGUCCUCAGGUGUGUAAGAGGCUGUUUAGGAUCCCUGGGGGAGCGAAGAAGGCCGCGAGGAUUUCGCUUCCUCCUGCCGAGCCCUGGCUGCGCCGCGUUGAUUAGCCCUGCGUUCUUUCCCACUUCCUCUCAAUGUUCUCUCCAUACAUCAGGAAAUAUGAUCAGCGCCCCUGAUGUAGUAGCCUUCACCAAAGAAGACGAGUACGAAGAAGAGGCUUACAAUGCACCAGCCCUGCCAGAGGAAUACUCGGUGCCGCUCUUCCCCUUUGCCAGCCAGGGAGCCAACCCGUGGUCUAAACUGUCCGGGGCCAAGUUCUCGCGGGACUUCAUCCUUAUUUCCGAGUUCUCUGAGCAGGUGGGACCCCAACCCUUGCUGACCAUCCCCAAUGACACCAAAGUUUUUGGCACUUUUGAUCUCAAUUACUUCUCCCUGCGGAUCAUGUCUGUGGAUUACCAGGCUUCCUUUGUGGGUCACCCCCCUGGUUCUGCCUACCCCAAGCUGAAUUUUGUGGAGGACUCCAAGGUGGUGCUGGGAGACUCCAAGGAAGGGGCCUUUGCAUAUGUGCACCACCUUACUCUCUACGACCUGGAGGCCCGUGGUUUUGUGAGGCCUUUUUGCAUGGCUUAUAUUUCAGCAGACCAGCAUAAAAUCAUGCAGCAAUUCCAGGAGCUGUCAGCUGAAUUUUCAAAAGCAUCCGAGUGCUUGAAAACAGGCAACAGGAAGGCAUUUGCUGGGGAGCUUGAAAAAAAGCUCAAAGACUUGGAUUACACCAGGACAGUGCUGCACACAGAAACGGAGAUCCAGAAGAAAGCUAAUGACAAAGGCUUUUACUCUUCUCAGGCAAUUGAGAAAGCCAAUGAACUGGCCAGUGUGGAGAAAUCCAUCAUUGAACAUCAAGAUCUCCUGAAGCAGAUCCGCUCAUACCCUCAUCGGAAGGUGAUAGGGGCAGAUAAAUUUCUGGAUGAGGUGGAGCAUAUCCAGGAUCAGGCCAACCAAACAUCCACUACCUCUAACCCCGAUGAAUCUGCUGACUCAGAUCUUUAUACCUGCAGACCAGCUUACACUCCAAAACUCAUCAAAGCAAAAUCCACCAAGUGUUUUGACAAGAAGUUGAAGACCUUGGAGGAGCUCUGUGAUACUGAAUAUUUCACUCAGACCCUGGCCCAGCUUAGCCACAUCGAGCACAUGUUCAGAGGAGACUUGUGUUACCUCUUGACUAGUCAGAUUGACAGAGCCCUUUUAAAGCAACAGCACGUAACUAACUUUCUCUUUGAAGACUUUGUGGAAGUUGAUGAUAGGAUAGUGGAGAAACAAGAGAAUAUACCUUCUCAGCCCAGUCAGGACAGGCUGCCUACCAGGACUCUGGAAGAAUGCCCAAUUCCUAAAGUGUUAAUUAGUGUUGGUUCUUACAAGUCCAGUGUGGAGUCUGUGUUGAUCAAAAUGGAUCAGGAACAUGGAGAUGAGUACAAGGAAGUAGAAGUGAUAGAGUCAAGCAGUUUUGACCCCCAGGAAAACCUGGAUUACCUGGAUAUGGAUAUGAAAGGUAGUAUCAGCAGUGGGGAAAGCAUUGAGGUUCUGGGCACAGAGAAGUCCACCUCUGUGCUGUCUAAAUCUGACAGCCAGGCCAGCCUCACGGUGCCAUUGAGCCCCCAAGUGCUCCGGAGCAAAGCUGUCAGCCACCGGACCAUCAGUGAGGACAGUAUUGAAGUCCUGAGUACCUGUCCUUCUGAGUCCCUCAUCCCUGAUGACUUUAAGGCCAGCUACCCAAGUGCCAUUAAUGAGGAAGAAUCCUAUGGAGAUAGUGAAGGGGUAAUCCACUUCCAAGCAAGCAUCCGUCCCUCAGAAUUGGGUGAGAUCCGGGAGGGCAGCUUGGAAAACACUCCAUCCCAAGUAGAUUCCUCCUGCUGUAUUGGGAAGGAGAUCGAAGGCCAGCUGGUGUCAUUCCCCACUCUAGUCCACACUCUCUCUGAUGAGGAUGCUGUGGUGAGCAUCCCCCCACAGCGCUUCAGACAGAAGGACCAGGGGUUCCAUGUAGAUUUUGCAGCAGAAAACACCAAUCCUUCUCACCGAGACAGCAGUUGUGAAGUGUUCCCUACUUCUGAAUUGGACCCAAGCUGCCUACUGGCUAGUCGUGAUGUCAGUAAGACCAGCCUGGACAACUACUCAGAUACCACUAGCUACGUGAGCAGUGUAGCAUCAACCAGCUCAGACAAGAUGUCCUCUGCUUACCCUGCUGGUCCAUCCUCAGAGAGACACAGAAAGAGGGCUGGCCAGAAUGCCUUAAAAUUCAUCCGCCAGUACCCUUUUGCCCACCCGGCCAUCUACUCCCUGCUCAGUGGAAGGACACUUGUGGUCCUGGGGGAAGAUGAGACCAUAGUCAGGAAGCUUGUGACAGCACUGUCCAUCUUUGUUCCCAACAACGGCCGCUGUGCUAAGCCUGUGAAGCACUGGGUGUCCUCCCCUUUGCACAUUACGGAUUUUCAGAAGUGGAAGCUUAUUGGCCUACAGAGAGUGGCCUCCCCUGCCAGUGCUGGUACUCUGCAUGCCCUGAGCCGCUACAGCCGCUACACAAGCAUCCUGGACCUGGACAACAAAACCCUGCGCUGCCCCUUGUACAGGGGCACGCUGGUUCCCCGCCUAGCCGACCACCGCACUCAGAUCAAGCGGGGCAGCACCUACUACCUGCAUGUUCAGAGCAUGCUCACCCAGCUCUGUUCUAAGGCCUUCCUUUACACCUUCUGCCACCACCUGCACCUGCCUGCCCAUGACAAGGAGACACAAGAAGUGGUGGCCAGCCGUCAGGCCAGCUUUUUAAAACUGAACCUGGGCCUGGUGAAUGAGGAUGUCAGGGUAGUCCAGUACUUGGCUGAGCUGCUGAAACUGCACUACAUGCAGGAGUCUCCUGGGACCGGCCACCCCCUGCUCAGGUUUGACUAUGUCCCCAGCUUUUUGUACAAAAUCUGAGGUCAGUCCCAGCCACUGUGACUAAAACCUGUGACUCAGGGUACGGGGAGAGGAGAGAGGGCAUGACUAUAAAUGGUUGCCUGAGCUAGACUAUUGAACCUUCUGGUGUCACCAGCAGAAAUAAGUGGCAACCAUAGUUCCUAUGUGGCUGUCAGCAGCUGUGAGGUGGGCUGAGCAGAGGUGGAGCCUGGUUCUAUGAAGGUGGUGUGGUCUCCAAGGACAGUACCAGCCGCCCUUGGCUCCCUGGUGAAGAGUGGCCCCUGGACAGGUGUCUUUGGCAUUCUGAGGACUGGGGAGGACAAGAAGACCCCCCUACCCCUCCAGGGCUGGAAAAAGUGAAGGGUAGAAGGGCUGGGAGGAGCACCGUGGCCACAUUCAGCAUCACCACUCUUGAAUACCAAAAUUGGCCAGGGAAGCAGCCAUAACUGGGAUGUGAUAGAAAACAGGACAGACCAGCCACUGCCUCAUUCUGACCCCACUGUAGUCCUUUUCUUGGUUUCUUGGAACCCAUUGUCUCAGGGGAGGUCCUGAACAAGAAGAUGAAGGGAGAGAGCUCUGAGCACCUGGAGAGUGGGAGAUGCAUAGUUUGGGCUCCAGGACUACAGAGCACACGAGUGGCCUCUUGUCCUGUCCUCACAGCCAUCUGAGAAGAAACUGUAUAUGAGUAGCACUUAGAGGCUCCUCCUGAUCAUUAGGCCUGAUAUGAAGCAGGGCCCAGAUGGCCACAGCCGGUAUGAGGACUCCUGAGAGCUGCAGAUAGACAUGUCCUAAGGCCAUCACCACUGUAAAACUUGAUGCACCAGCAGCUCUCCUGGGACCACCCACUGGCUCUUCCUACCCAGAGUGCAUGAGCACUGAUGUCCCUGGGAAGUGGAGGUUACAUCUAGUUGUUACCCAUGGCAAACCGCAAUCACUUUACUACCUCUCAUGAGGUCUGUAGGCUCGGCAAAGGCCCAGGUCUGUUCAUCUGGUGGAGGUGGUUGGUCAGUAUGGCUGUCAGAGACUUCCUGCACCAGUUCCUGUGUGGCUCUCCUUGUGGCCCUCCUCUGGAAUGUUUUACUCACCUCUGUCCCCACAGCUCACAACUGUUCCCAUGUGAGUUCCUCCUUCAAGGAAGGCGUUUGAAACUGGUCACCCCCACCUGUCCCACUCCUGGCAGUCAGGACUUCCUGAGGCUUCUUACACAAUUUCCUAACCUUGCUGCCACUCAUGCGAUAGAAGGCUUUUCAUGACCUUGGAAACGUCUGAAAAAAAAAAAGCUGUUUUUUUUUCUCCCUAAGUGAGGGAAGCUGAGGAUUACUGCUGCUCUUUUGAUAUGUCCCAUCGAAAUUGUGGUAUGCCCUGUACAUGCAUCACAUUUGUUGGGCACUGUGAUCCUGCACUUGAGUCCUGGUGCCAAGGUCUACUCACCCUGUCAUCUGUGUACACCCCCAAGUUCUGUCAUAGGGAGCCGUCUUUGCUUCUUCACCCUGAAGGCAGAGUAAGCCAAGUAACCAAAGCUGUAGCAUGUCUGCCCUGUGGUUACCUUCUUUACCUACCAGGAUCUUUGGCCCAGGGAUGUGGCCUGUUGGUUUCAGGUCAUAGUCCCCAUUCCUGUAGGUGGCUGUGCCAGGCUGUGACCAAGAGCCUGUGGCAGAUGGCGCUGUCCCUGUAUCAGUUCUCUGUCCCUGUACUUGUUACAUUCAUUGAUAUCUUGGCAGCUUCUGGUAUCUGCGGUCUUCUUUCUCCUCAUGGGCUCCUUCGACUGCUGCCACCACCCCCCCCCCCGCCCCCUUAGUGUUUAUAGUUGGGUGGCUAAGUGCUGCCUCCUCAGACCUUCGAGACAAUGAGACAUUUAUCAGGAAGUGAAGGAAGGACUGGAGUCCAAAUAAGGAGCUGGGAAAUGAUCACUGGUUCCAGCAUCAGUUUCUUGUGUCAUACCAGCAUGGAAACUCAACUAACACUGUGCUCACCUGGGAAAACUGAUAAAAGGCAGACAUGGGCUUCUGGUAGGUGCUGAACUACAGCCACUUGGCCUUCUAGAAGCUAAAGCCAUGUAGCAGUGUUAAGUGGAAGGCCACCUGCUGGUAUUUGCUCUGUGUUCCGCCUCAAAGGGUGGCUCUGAGGACAAAACAAGACAGAGUGGACAGAACAGGUGGUCCCGUGUGGCAGCCACAGAAAUGGCAAAGGGGUGCUGUUCCUCAAAGUGGUU